AUGAUGGAGAAAUCCCCUGUCAAAACUGAGGCCAUCUCACAACAGCUUGUGACAGAUGCUGAGGCCACUAUGGCUUGGGAGCACGCACUAACGCCACUUCGUGCCUUGAAAAUAUAUUGCAAGGCUGUUUGGUAUGGUGCCUUUGUAUCCCUUGCGCUCGUCAUGGAGGGGUGCGACACCAAAAUCCUAGGAUCACUAUACGCGGUACCCGCCUUCCAAGAGGCCUAUGGCGUACGACAACCUAAUGGAUCCUAUGAGAUCUCGGCGUCUUGGCAAAGCGGACUGGGCUCCACCAUGGGAGUCACGUCUAUCUUUGGAAUGUUUCUAGGCGGAUGGGCUACCGAGAGGUUUGGCUUUCGAAAAACCAUGAUGGCCGCUCUGUUUUCUAUGCCACCAAUCAUUUUCAUAUUUUUCUUCGCGCCAAGUCUAGCAGUCUUCGCCGUUGCUAUUUGUCUCUUCUCGCUUCCUCUAGGCAUAUUUCAGACUGUUACUACGGUAUACAUCGCAGACAUCAUGCCUGUAGCGCCUCGCCCUUACCUCACUAGCUGUUAUUCGCUGGCCUGGGCGCUGGGCCAACUUCUCAACGCGGUCAUCUUUCGAGGUACCCCGACUCUGCCUGCUCCCUGGACGUACCGUGUUCCUUUUGCUCUCCAGUGGUUCCGGCCGAUUCUCAUCAUCAUCGGUGUCUAUCUAGCACCGGAGUCACCCUGGUGGUUGGUCCGCCAGAACCGACUAGACGAGGCCGAAGCCGCUGUUUCUCGGUUGACUUCUGAGCUGGAUAUCGAAACUCAAAAGCUUGUCUCCUUGACGGGGGACGAAUCCCGCAGAACCAUCGUCGUCAUGGGUGUUUAUGCCAUGCAGUUGUUGACCGGCUCACAAUCUCGUGCAUUCAUGACCUACUUCUUCCUUCAAGCUGGCCCUCCCACCGAUCAGUCAUUCAACAUAACCAUCGUUGCGCUGACACUCUCGGUGCUUGGGGUGCUUGGUGCUUGGGUCGUCAUGACAUACACAGGCCGAAGAACAAUGUAUCUUUUGGGUGGCGCCCUAACUAUCGCUCUCUUCACGGCCAUUGGGGGUAUUGGAGUCAAGCUUCACAGCUCCUCGUCUUCAUCAAUGAUGAUCAACCCGACUGCUUGGAACUGGGGCGCUCUGACUGGAUUCUUCUGGGCUGGAGCUGGUGUUCUCGGAUUUAUCUUCACCUUCUUCAUGGUCCCAGAGUCCAAAGGGAGGACCACUGCAGAGAUGGACAUUCUCUUUGAGCAAAAGGCUCAUGUCCGGAAAUUCAAGGUUACCCAGGUUUCCAUUACUCACAUUGAUGGAGAUGGGCUCCCCUAA